AUGUUCGCCAAAGAAGUCUACAAAUCGGAAACCCUGGAAGAGGGCUUGCACGGCGUGGCCACGCUGCUCAACAUGUCCCACACUUGGGCCGUGGUUUUCUCCGUCAUCUUGUACAGGAGCGUUUACAAGGAUAUAACUCUAGCUGUGACGAAGAAUUUCUGGGAAGACUACCUUGACAAGGAAACGUCUGGAAGUAUUUUGCGUAGGUCUGUUCACUUGGAAGAAACUCUGGCGAAAGGCGUGUUUGGUUUGUGUGCUGUGGCCUCCUUCGCUCAGGAACUGAUGCCCCUGCCAACUGUGGAGUUGGCUCUCGAGGCCAACGACACUGUCGUCAGGUACCGCCCGCCGAUAGAUCUCUUCACGCCUUUCGACCGCAGCCGACUCACGCAGUUCGUCAUCGAUCGCGUGCUGAUGCUAAUGCUGGUCCUCAGUCUGGCGUACAUAUCCGUGAUCUGCAACAGUUACUACAACAGCCUCCUCAUCAACUGCGCCAGUCACUUCGAGCUGCUGAACGCUGCUGUGAUAUCCUUGAGUCCUAACAUGCGUGAGGAUGGAAAUGUCGAGGUAAAAAAUGGUGGCGAAGGAGAAAACCAACUUCUGUUCGUGCUCAUGCGCCACGGCGUCUACUGCUACUACGGGAACCACGUGACGUCACAGGCUGAACGGACGUACCAGUGCGCCUACAGUGUCGGCUGGUACGAUCUGUCGCCCGACUUCAAGAGGAUGACGCAGAUCAUGAUGGCGAGGGCCCAGAGGGUGGUGGCCAUAAGCUCAGCCAUGAUGGGCGACCUGUCCAUGGAGUCAUACGCCGACGAGCUGAAGGCCCUGACAACUGUGGAAAUAACCCUCGAGGCAAACGAGACCGUUGCUGUGUACCGCAUAACGCAAAAUAUGUGGACCCUAUUCGAACGUAGCGAGUUCGCGCAAUUUGUCAUCGAUCGCGUGCUGGUUUUAACGGUGGUCCUCAUUCUGGCGUACAUAUCCGUGAUCUGCAACAGUUACUACAACAGCCUCCUCAUCAACUGCGCCAGUCACUUCGAGCUGCUGAACGCCGCUGUGAUGUCCUUGAGUCCUAACAUGCGCGAGGAUGGAAAUCUCGAGGAAAGCAAUGGUGACGAUAGAGACGACAAAGUCAGCUCGCCAGACGUCAUGCAUGAUGUGGAUGUCGUAGUCCACAACUACGAUGGCAUGGACACACUACGAGACAGUCGCUUCCACGAAAUGGAAGAGAUGUCCAUCAGGGAUGUUCACGAACCUGAGAUCGACAGGACAACUGCACAUGCAAUGGAUCGCAUGGAGAAGAAGCUGUUUGGUCUCGUUGAAGUUCAUCAGGCUGAACGGACGUACCAGUGCGCCUACAGUGUCGGCUGGUACGAUCUGUCGCCCGACUUCAAGAGGAUGACGCAGAUCAUGAUGGCGAGGGCCCAGAGGGUGGUGGCCAUAAGCUCAGCCAUGAUGGGCGACCUGUCCAUGGAGUCAUACGCCGACGUGACCUGGCGUACCGGACACGAGCCCUCGUACCGGGACUACGGCACGCACGACAACCCCGGCGCGGAGGUCGUCUGGCGCGGAGGACGACGCAGUCGAGGAGACGCCGACGCCAUGUCGGACGCCAGCCGUCGCCGCGAGACCCAGGCAGUGGAGAUACAAGGCCCGCCCCCGGGACUGGAGGCGGCACACGCCGCCCUAUUCACGCGGGGGGCGGUGGACUACCUGUGCGAGCUGGUGGCGGCGUUUGACCGACGAGCGGAUGAGUUGCAGACGGCGCGGCUCGCACGCCGGUGCGCGGCGCGCGGCGAGGCAUGGCUGCCAACGUUCCGCGAGCCCCCCGCAGGAGACUGGCGGGUGGCAGCACUGCCGCCCAGGCUCAGGGACCGGCGCCUGGACCUGGGCGACGUCAGCCCCGCCGACGAGGCGCACCUGGUCGCCGCUCUGCGAGCCCAGGUGUCGGGAGUGCAGGUAGACCUGGACGACGGCCACUGCCCCACCUGGAGGAACCAGCUGGGCGGACUGCACAACGUGUGCCGCUGCGUGGAGGGCAGCCUGCCUGGGGUGGCCGCUGUGGACCAUCUGCCAGUGCUCAUGCUGCGCCCGCGCGCCUGGAACCUGGUGGAGGACCACGUCAUGGUGAGGGGGAGGAGGGUGCCCGCCCCGCUGUUCGACUUCGCGCUGCUGGCGCACCACGUGGGCGCGCGCCUGGCCAAUCAGGGCGCGGGGCCCUUCUUCUACCUCAGCAAGCUGGAGGGCGCCGAGGAGGCCCGCCUCUGGGACGACGUGUUCUCGUGGGCCGAGCGGCGCGCUGGGCUGUCUCACGGUACUAUUAAGGCGUGUGUGCUGAUCGAGAACAUAUUAUCGUCUUUCGAGCUGGAUGGCAUCCUGUAUGCCCUGAAGGACCACUCCCUGGGCCUCAACUGCGGCAUGUGGGACUACGCGGCCUCCAUCAUUUGCAAAUUUGGGGACAGGCCGCAGUUCGUGCUGCCGGACCGCGGCAAGUACGUGAGCAUGGAGCAGCACUUCCUGAAGUGCUACCUGCAGCUGGUGGUGCGCACGGCUCACCGCAGGGGCGCGCCAGCCACGGGGGGCAUGGUGGCGGCGCUGCUACCUCCUGGCGGGGAGGACCCUGACAGGCGUGAAGAAGUUGUGAGGAAAGUGAAGGAGGCCAAGAGGAGAGAAAUAGAAGCAGGCGUUGAUGGUUUCUUGGUGUACGAUGUCGGAUUGGUGCCGUACAUGAACGAGCUGUGGCGGGAGGCGGCGCCGGCGGCGGCUCGGGGGCGGGAGAUCUUGCCGCGGGACCUGCUGGCAGUGCCGCGCGGCGGGGCCACGGCGGCGGGGCUGAAGCACAACGCGGCGGUGGCGCUGCUGUUCGCGCGCCACUGGCUGCGCGGGGAGGGCCACUUCGCGCUGCGGGGAGCCGUCGAGGACUCCGCCACCGCCGAGAUCUCCCGCGCGCAGGUCUGGCAGUGGAUCCGCCACGGGGUGGUGCUGGAGGACUCCGGCGCCGUGGUGACCCUGGCGCUGGUGCGGCGCCUGGUGACGCAGCUGGUGACGGAGCUGGUGACGGGGGACGACCACCAUCAGGAGCGCCGCCGACUGCAGGCCGCCGCAGAGCUGUUCCUGGACGUGGUGGGCCGCCGGGACUGCCCCGACUUCUGGACCAGCGUCCUGAGCGAGAGCCCCGUCUUCCGCGCCUGCCACGAGGGGCGAGACCCCCCGUCCUCGCGCCUGUAGCCUCGCCCUUAUGGCCUGCGCCACCCCCGCUGCCAGUCCGGAGACCUCGCGUCUACUGCCGUGGCCGCGCUCAUCCCAGCCACCAGCAAGUCUGCCUGCAAGACUACAAGGAGAGAUACAAAUAUACACACGAGGUUGUAACCUCUCGUGUCUGACGCGAGGGACACAAGGGAUGGAAUGGAAAACAAAGGUGUGCAGCGUGUUAACACAUUUAUUCGUCCAGAAACACAAACUCUUAACGAGGCGCCACGGAAACGUCAUCAUGCACGUAGUGCGAGAGCAUGCGUAACAAGGUAUUUUGUUCAUGUCAGAUGAGGAGGCACGACGGAGGAAUGCUAGAAACCUGAUAAGCGAUGCAAAAAUCUGCCGGCCACGACAGGUGGAUGUUGUGUGAGGGAGAUGUUAAUUCAAGACAAUGCGCGGGACAUGAUCUGUUGCAGCCAGUAACUCACAUUUAUUUACAAUCCUCUGAUUUGUCUGUGCGUUCAGUCAGUUUGAGCGUUUUUUUUCAGUGGGCGCAACGCACACACACAGUUGGCGAAGCAUAAUAUUUUUUUAAAUACAUGUAUGUGUGUAUUUUUUCGAGUCAGAUGUCUCCAGUUUGCUUGGAAUAUUAAUUAAAUGAUCUGUAAGUAGAAAAAUACGAAAUUUCACUCAAGAAACAGUGGUGUGAAUAAUUGAAAAAGCAGAUAUUAUACAGGAAAGCUUACAAUUUUUUUUAUAUGUCAUGUUAAAUGUAGCGUGACAAUAUUUGUUAUGUGGCAUAUUAAACAUACAUAAAGUCAAAUUUUCUUCGGAGUUUGGAUUAUGAGAACAGACUUGUUAAGCUUAUCGAUACAUGCAACUUUUUUAUUUUAUUUUAUUUAUUCAUUUUAAAAUGUGGUUGCUCGUGAUUACUGUCUAUUCUUUAAGAUAGGAUAAGUAGGGGCAGGCAUUUUUCACGAAUAAAUAUGAACGCUUAUUAGACUGCAACCAGUUAUACUCACACCAGCGGUUUCUUCCUUGUGAUUGGCGGACGUCUGCGAGGGAAGUCGUCGCCUUAUUUGACCCGAGCCACUCAGGACGCGUUUGCUUCCGCACUGACUCGCUGUGAUUGGUGUUGUAACAAUCGAUAUUGGCCUGAAAGAAACUCACCCAUUCACGAGACACAUACGAUGCUACGGUGUUUUAACUUUCAGCUACUCUUAGAAUCUUUUCGGGAAUUGUGCAUGCCCCUGAGGAUACGUUAUUCUGCCGCAGCUGCAAAGACGCGCACUGGACCGGCCCUGGUUCUACCGCGAGUCGCGCGAGAUGUUUCCUGACUCGGGCCGCGCGCCCGGCAGGUUGGCAGCACUGCCUGUCACGUGGGGCUCGUGAAGGAGACGGAUGGGGGUCUCCUGUCCCCCGGGAGAAAGGUGAGACGUGUCUCGCCGAGGGGGCAGGGGGGAGGAGGGGAUAAAUGGCUCGUGAGACGCCGCCGCCAUUUGUUCGUCGCCUCACCCCGCCGCGUGACCUCUGGGAGGUGAACAGCUGACUGUGCUACAUCUCCUGGCAAGUGUUCGUUGCAUGGUGCGCGCGCAUACAUGUAUAAAAAAAACAACGAAGAAACACGCCUUUCAAAUGAGCUCUCCGCUCUACCUAGGACGCAGUACGGCAGCUGCAAUUAGUUGCAAGCUUCGAUGAUAGAGUGCACCACCAUGCACACAAGAAACACUGGGGUCUCAUAUUCGGGCACUGUACCUCGGAGGCAAAACUUUAUGACCACUUUUGGGCAAGUUAUGUACUCUCAUUUGCAUAACUAACGAAAAUAAAUGACUAUGCUGGAUGUUCAUUCAAAUUUAUAAAAUUUAAUUAUUUAUUAAAUAAUAAUGUAAUAAAUUUAUAAUGCAAAUAAAUUAUACAUACGGAAACACAA